AAAAGAAAGAAAGAAAUGAAAAAUAUUGAAGCAGUCAUUGGUCUUUAAACAGUUUUAUUUCAGAGCAAGCAUUCAUGGACCAACAUCCCCUUCUUCAGACAGAGAAGUGCAGACGCAGGACUAUGGAUUUAUACCUGUCCCCACAACCUCAGAAGGACAUGGAUAAUAGACAACGGGAUGGGGCUCUUGCGGGCUGUUGGCCUUCUGUCCUUAGCCUCCCCUUCCCCCAUUUCCUCCCCCCCUCUUUUGCCCACAUGAUGACACAGACUAACACAGCUACAUUUCUGAAAAUGUCAGGGGUUCUUGUAGGUCACCUGCAGUCAUACCUUUGUCAGUCUGGAGAAAGUAGCAUUUAUAUCUGUGCAAGCUGAAUGUGUGAACCUAUUGAUCCUUUGGGGUAUAAACAAGUUUGCAUAGGCUCUGAUCUGUCCUGUGAUGGGCAAGCCCGCCUGGCCUGGAGCUCAUGGCUCUGGCUGGGAUCUGCCAGUUGAAGUUAUGAACAGCUUGACAGUUGCAUUCUUGUGUGUUAGUGGGGCCUUGUUCACCUAUAGGGAAAACCAUUAUGGAAACCACCCUAUCGACACAAAGAGAAAGAGAGAGAGAGAGGGAGAGAGAGAGAGAGAGAGAAUAUUAGGAAGGCUGGCCCCUAUUUAUUCCUCUAGUUUGGACAGGCAUUUAUGAAUAGAAAAAGACCAGUUCAGCCCUCUGGUUCUCUAACCUCCCUUUGAAAUGCCUUCUCUUUGGCGAAGCAUCUCGAAGAGUUCCAACUUUCUGAUGCUGUGUGUUUCCACCGCCAUCUUGGGUGUUGUGAAUUGUGUCCAUUUAUUCUUUGAGGCUUAGCGUCACUGGCAGGGGAGAGCGUACAGCACAUUAGCAAAUGAACCAGCCAAAGAUGCUGCCAGGGACACUUGAGGUGUGGGAUAUCGGUGGGCCCAGGAGCGGCGCUGCCAGAGCCGGUUGUAGGGGCAGAGUUGCUGUCAAGGAUGGUGGCAGAGUUUGGCCCUUGUCUCCAUAGCUGUGCUGAAGGACCCACUGAUCGUCCUCCAUCCCCUGUCAAUGUGACUGUCACCCAGCUGAAGGCCAACUCCGCCACCGUCUCCUGGGAUGUUCCCGAGGGAGACGUCAUCAUUGGCUAUGCUAUCUCCCAGCAGGUAUGCUUGAGGGGAGGGCAGAGGAUGCUNNNNGAGGUGAACACCACGAACCGGGCCUGCGUACUCUGGGACUUGGCGGAGGACGCCGACUACGUCAUCCAGGUGCAGAGCAUCGGCCUCCAUGGGGAGAGCCAGGCCAGCAAGCGGGUCCACUUCCGGACCCUCAAGCAGAGCGACCGCCUCCCCUCCAACAGCUCCAGCCAGGGAGACAUCACCAUGGAGGGUCUGGAUAAGGAGCGGCAGCUGCAGACGGGGGAGAUUGUCAUCAUUGUGGCCGUCCUCCUCAUGUGGGCAGCCGUGAUCGCCCUCUUCUGCAAGCAGUACGACAUCAUCAAGGACAGCGACUCUACCAACAACACCAAGGAGAAAGCCAAGCCCUCUUCUGGACCCAGCACCCCCGAGCGGCCCCCGCCAGCAGGGGGGCUGCUGCGCAGCAAGAAGAAGUCACCGUCUGUGAACAUCAUUGAGGUGUAGCUGCUCCCCCUGGCCAGGAAGGGACCUCCUGGGAGCCUCGCUGCUGUUGAUGCUCCUCCUCCUGCAGUGGGGCCCUCCUUAUUUGCAUGCAGAGAAGACCCCCUUCCUCCCUUGAGGGAAGGGCCUGCAGGGAGCCGGCCCCCUCCACCAGACAGAGACAAGGUGCAUGCCGAGGCUGGUCCCGAAACCCCCUUGCCCUGCAGCAGCAGCAGCAGCAGCAGCAGAAGGAGAAGCAGAAGCAGAAGAAGAAGAUGAUGAUUAUAGAAGGGCCAGGAUGGGACUGAUCGGCUUGCAACACCAACCGGGAGAAAAAGCGUGUGUCUCCGCGGGCUGCUGAGGUGCAGGGCCGAGGAAGGACAAAGACAGCCAACCAGGAACGGCUUAAGGUGCCCUCGCUUGCCAGGAGCGUGGGAAGCAGGACGGAGCAGGGCCCGCCAUGGCCCCUGUUAGGGAGUGUAUGUGUGGGAUUGACCCCACUGGUUGGCCCUCUGCCUCUGAGCCCCAGCCCUCCAAGGGGGCCCAUGGGGGGGUGAGGGGAGGAUACCCAGCAGCAGGUGGAAGAUCAGAGGCUUCCCCCCCCCCCCCGCCCCGGGAGGGCCCACCUGCACGCAGCCACUGUGGGUAGAUAGAAAGACCUCAAGGCUCCCGGCCUGCCGAGGGACCCAGUUCUUUGAAGAAGCAGGAAACUGAGCCAGCCAAGAGGUCUGGCCUGAACCCCUCUCCAUUCCGGGCAUCCCUCUCUGGCCACGGCUGCUUUCUGGGGGAGGGGGUUGCAGUGUAGGGGAAAGAAUUGGCUGCUGUGGGC